AGUAAUGAAUGGGAUAGACGUCUGAAAAACAAAGAUAUGAGUCUAGAAUAUUAAAGCAAUGUUUUUUCUUAGGUAAAAAACAUAUUUUCAAGAAUCAUUAUUUUCCUUGAUUCGUUUUCGCCCGAUCCGGCAACACUGUCGUGUUGAUGUGUUCUAGUCCGCGGAGUUUUCGAAUGAAAUUAUUCGUCUGCCGGUCUUCAAGUUGAAUAAAAGUUUUCAUAGUCCUGUUGGAUUUCCUAAUUUUGUCAAUAUGAGUGCGAGCUCUAACCAAGCGCAAGGGGGAGAUCAGAAGGAGAAGAAAAGAAAGGAGAGUAUUCUUGACCUUUCUAAGUACCUAGAGAAGAACAUCAGAGUGAAAUUUGCUGGAGGUCGUGAGUGCGCGGGAACUUUAAAGGGUUACGAUCCUCUAUUGAAUCUUGUCCUCGACAACACCACAGAAUAUUUAAGAGAUCCUGAUGACCCAUACAAACUGAUGGAAGACACCCGUAUGCUUGGCCUGGUUGUAUGUAGAGGAACGACUGUUGUUCUAAUCUGCCCUGUAGAUGGAAUGGAAAGUAUUGCAAAUCCUUUCGUUGCACAGGAUGGUUGAAUCUGUUGCUCUGCGUACUUUGUUCUUGAAAAUAUCUGUAAGUAAUCAAUUCCGUGCCCCUCAACUAUGAUACACAAAGAAGUGUAAUUUUAAUUAUUUUUGUAAUAUAAGUUUUCUCUCCUUGACAACUACAAAAUUAUAUUGUUUAACAGUU